AUGGCCGCUGCGCUGUCUUCCUCUGUCGCUUGCGGUUCCUUCGUGGCCGCUCCCACUGCCUCCUUGAAGAAGGAUGCGGUCACUGUGGGCGUUGCUCCCCUUGUUGCCCCUGCUGUUGGCAAGAGCCUCAGCGUCUGCAAGAGCUCUAUUGCUGGUCAGGCCCUGAAGUCCCGUGCCGUUGCCGUCUCUUCCUCCAAGACUGCCUCCAGGGCGGUUGUGAAGGCUGAGAUUGGGGACUCCCUGGAGGAGUUCCUCGCCAAGGCUACCCCCGACAAGGGUCUUGCCCGCCUUCUUGUGUGCAUGGGUGAGGCCCUUCGCACCAUUGCCUUCAAGGUCCGCACGGCGUCUUGCUCCGCUACCUCCUGCGUGAACACCUUCGGUGAUGAGCAGCUCGCCGUCGAUGUGCUCGCUGACAAGCUCCUGUUCGAGGCUCUCAGGUUCUCGCACGUCUGCAAGUAUGCCUGCAGUGAGGAGCAGCCCGAUCUCCUCGACAUGGGUGGCCCAGUUGAGGGUGGUUUCAGCGUCGCCUUCGACCCCCUUGAUGGCAGCAGCAUUGUCGACACCAACUUUACCGUUGGCACCAUCUUCGGUGUCUGGCCCGGUGACAAGCUCACGGGCGUCACUGGCCGUGAUCAGGCCGCUUCCGCUAUGGGCGUGUAUGGUCCCCGUACCACGUACAUCAUUGCCGUCAAUGGCUUCCCCGGCACCCACGAGUUCCUCCUCAUGGACGAUGGCAAGUGGAUGCACGUGAAGGAGACCCACACCAUUGGUGAGGGUAAGCUGUACGCUCCCGGAAACCUCAGGGCCACCUUCGACAACCCCGAGUAUGAGAAGCUUAUCAACCACUACGUCAGCGAGCAGUACACUCUCCGAUACACUGGUGGCAUGGUGCCCGAUGUUGGACAGAUCCUCAUCAAGGAGAAGGGUGUCUUCACCAACGUGAUCUCUCCGUCCACCAAGGCUAAGCUCCGCCUUCUGUUCGAGGUUGCACCUCUUGGCCUGCUCAUUGAGAACGCCGGCGGGUACAGCAGUGACGGUUUCAUCUCUGUGCUGGACAAGCCUAUCACCAACACCGAUGUCCGCACACAAGUGUGCUAUGGCUCCCGCAAGGAGGUGCAGCGAUUUGAGGAGACACUCUAUGGAAAGUCCCGCCUGUCGGCCUCGGUCUCCGCCUAA